AUUUAUAAAGCAUGUUUUCUCCCUUUCACUAACUCUUGUUUUGUUUGAGACGGCUAUCAACACCCAAAACCCUAGGCUGUCUUCUCUUCUCAGCCCCUGUUAACCAUGUCGAGGAGAAAAACCAGAGAGCCAAAGGAGGAGAAUGUCACUCUCGGACCCGCCGUCCGUGAGGGAGAACAAGUCUUUGGCGUUGUCCACAUCUUUGCAUCGUUCAACGACACAUUCAUUCAUGUGACCGAUCUCUCUGGAAGAGAAACUCUUGUUCGUAUCACUGGUGGAAUGAAGGUAAAGGCUGAUCGUGAUGAGUCCUCUCCAUAUGCUGCUAUGCUAGCAGCCCAGGAUGUUUCUCAGAGAUGCAAGGAGCUCGGCAUAACAGCUGUUCAUGUGAAGCUCCGUGCCACCGGAGGAAACAAGACAAAGACUCCUGGUCCUGGUGCUCAGUCAGCACUCAGAGCUCUUGCUCGUUCGGGCAUGAAGAUUGGUCGUAUAGAGGAUGUGACUCCGAUUCCGACAGACAGUACCCGCAGAAAGGGUGGUAGGCGGGGAAGGAGGCUGUAAUUGUCUCGGUGUCGUCCAGCAAAUGACCCUCUCGAUUACUUGGACGUUUCGGGUACUCGGAUUCAGAUUCUACAUUUGCUAAAGUUUUCAUCCAGUUGUUUUUUUAAGACAUGUUAGCAGUUUUGUUCUUGUGACAUUGGAGUUUUCUGAGUUUUGAAACGGGACAGUAUUUACCUUUGUUCUGCC